AUGUGCGUGUCGUGGAAUGUCGUGGCAGUGGCGAGCGACGAUCCUCUGGCGAAGGAGCUGCAGGACGUGGCUGACGUGAGCAAGAAGCUGCCGGGAGUGCUGGAGGAGAUUCGCGAGUGGCUGCGACUGUGCGAGUGUAAAGAAGCAGGCGACGAGGGGCGCGUGUUCGGGUUCAACGACCGCGCAUUGGGGCGCAAGCACGUCGACGCGUGUAUCGCGGACAGCCAUGCCGCGUGGAAGCGCCUGCAGUCGUCCCUGCAGAAGCCGGAGCCGUGGCUUCCGCGCGCGCAGCCGCCCAAAAUCACGACCAUCGAGGCGUUUUGGGCGCCGUACACGAGCAAGUACAGCGAGGGCGCUUGUAACGCGGACGACGGGUCCCCCGCCGCGAUCCCGCAGUCGAACCCGAACGCGGGCGCGGUCGGCGCGGCGAGUCUCUCGCCGCUUUCCGCGGCGGCGGAUUCCCCGUGGGAGACCAUGCCCGCGGAGGCGGCGCGGUCGAUGCUGGCGCAGCUGCGCGCGCGGAAGCACCUUGCGCGCCCCGCGUUCUUCGCGAUGCGCGAGCGCCUGGAAAUGGGGGACGAACGAGGGGAGCGGGGCGAGCGGGGGGAGCGGGCGGGGAGGAGCUAUGGGCGCGCGGGGGAGGAGGGGGAGAGGCAUGGGCUUGUGCGGCGGGACUCAGACGACCGUGACAGUGGUGGGCGGCGGGUGAGGGGGGGAGGGGCGCGGGGGAGGGCGGCGGAUGGGGAGGAGGCGGAGGGGGAGUACAGCCGACAGUCAACACAGGAGAAGGGCGGGCCGGGACGACCAGCCACGGAGGGUCAGAGGCGCCCUGCAAGGCCGGGGGCCACGUGGGCGAAGCUCAAGUGGCAAGAGAAGGACGGCGGCGGCGGCGACAGCAACGACACGAGCACCAGCAGCCGCUCCCCCGCCUCCUCCUCCUCCACCUCGCGCUACUCCUCCCACCACCACCACCAGAACGGCCGCGACGGCGGCCGCGAGGGGCGGGAGGGGCGGGACGGCGCGCGCAGCACGAGCAGCAGUCUCAUGGCGCAGCGGGAGGAGCUUCGCGCCGAGCUUUUCCAGAAAUCCCUCUCAGGGAACCGUGCGCCUCUCCCCACGCUUGUGCGUCGCGCUAGCUUGGAAUCUGCUGAGCCUGGGUCCCGGGGGCCGCGGAUUCGCGGGCGGCCGGGCGGGGCGCGCAUGCUGCAUAGGACACUCACGGAGGAGCAGCAGGAGGAGUCGCGAGGAUCGUACGAGGAGCGGAGCGCGGAUGUGAGGGAUAGUGCGCUGUAUAGGACUCUGUCGGGGCAGAGCGGACAGCCCGAGGUGCAUGGGAUGACUGGGUAUAGACGGGGGAUCGGCGGUGGGGGUUUGGGUGGGGGGCGGGAGGGGAGCAGAUGGGCGCCGGGUGGGGGAGGAGGGGGGGGAGGGGGAGGGCUUGGGGGGACGCUGGGAAGGAGGGAGUCGGGGGAGUGGUCGGAUGAAGGAGGGCUGUCCGGUGGAGAGGGGUCGGGACCGGUGCUGCAGCGCACCAACACGAAUGAUAGCCUCAAGUCGGCGGGCGUACGGAGCGAGGCGGGGAUCAGCAUUGGGCGUGCUCCUGCUUAUAUGAUGAUGCGGGACGGCGGGGGGUACAUGCGAGACUCAGGCCUUGUGCGGGAUAACAGCGGGGGCGGGGGAGGGAGUGGUGCGAACCGGCUGCUGCGCAAGCAUCUGAGCGGGCCGGGGAUUAAUGCGUUUCACGGGGAGGAGGAGCUAGAGGAGGAGAGGGGAGGCUGGGGGGGGCGGGGCAGACGGUAUGAGCAUGAGCGGGAGAGGGGUGGAGGAGGGGAGGGCGGGCAGGGGGAUAUAGGGCGGGACCGCAGGCUGAGCCCGGCUCGCAUGGGGGAGUAUGAUGGGCGGGGCGGGAGAGGUGCAGGUGGGGGGAGGCGCGGGAGGGGGGAGACGAGGGAGGGGGGGAUGAGUUCAGGGAGCGUGGGAGGAGGGGGGGAGAGGGGAGGGAGGGCGAUGUCUCGCAGUCCACGAGGGAAGAGAGGGGAGGAGGAUGGAGGGGAGGAGGAGGAUGAGGGAAGCCCGAACUUUAGUCCGCUUUACGCCAUGGCCGAUUCGCUAUCUGCCGAGACCGUCGCACCGGCAGCGUCUGCUCCUUUGAAGGAGCGUCCGUUCGGCCGGACGAAAUCAGUCAGGGAACUGCUUGGAGGUGGCAAGGCGGCGGAUGUGCUUUUAUGGAAGGACUGGAAGUCGAGCGCGGGAAUCCUGGCGUCGGUCGCGGGUCUAUGGAUCGUGUUCGAGCGGUCGGGGUUCACGCUGCUCACGAUCCUCGCGGACGUACUCAUGAUCCUCAUCUCGCUCGUCUUCGCCUGGGCUCAAGUGUCGUCGCUUCUCAACAAGCCUGGUCCGCCCUUCCCCGCGCUGAGGCUAUCGGAGGACGCGGUGCGCUCGACGGCGCUGCGCCUGCGCGAUCACGCCAACCGCGCUCUGCUGCUCGCGCACGACGUCGCGCUAGGCAAGGACUACAUGCUGCUCGUUAAGGUGCUGAGCGGGCUGUAUUUCGUCUCCGUGGUGGGAGGGUGGUUCCACUUCCUCACUCUCGUCUUCAUUGGCGUGCUCGCAGCGUUCACAGUGCCAGUGCUCUAUGACCGAUAUGAGGAUCAGGUGGACGAGCAUUUGGGCAAAGCUUUGGCCCAGAUCAAGCAGGUGAAGGGUGUGGUUGAGGAGAAGCUGGGAGGGCUGCUCAAGAAGCAGAAGCAGAAGAAAAUGGAGUAG